CGUUUCAGAAUGUCGGCACACAGUUAUUCACGAACUCAAUAACUACGCACACACGCGACGCGGCCUACUCGGAGCUUAACAGUACGUAUUUCUGUCGUACGAACGUUUAUUCAUCGGAUGCUGGCAAUCGUCUUGUCGUCGCUCAUCAACACCAAUCGGUCCACGAAACAUUCCGCGAAAUCGUUCCGUCAACUGUGGUCGUCGGCAUGAAGACGACCGUCGCACUAGCCAUCGCGCUGUCCCUGUGCGGAGUUCUUCCGUUCGUCGCACGUCCGGCAGUCGCUUUACCAAUAGCUGUAGAUGAACAAGACGCAACUACUAUCGCUACUAUCGAGGUUCCUACCACUAUCAAUCCUCAAGAGUCCACGGCCGAGAAUGUGGUCCAAACCACCGUUGAACCAGCAGUGAACACGACUGAAUAUGUCGAGAUCGUUGCUGAAUCUAUAUCUGAUACCACAACCGAAGUUGAGUUUCAAACCACGACUGAACUAGUAGUGGACACGACCGAAUAUGUCACUCCUGAUUCUGAUACCACUAUCAAAAAUGUAGUGCAGACCACCACUCCACCGUUGGAAGUACCCACUACUCUACCGUUGGAAGUACCCACCACUCCACCGUUGGAAGUACCCACCAAUAACACGGAAGUUAGUAUACCAACAACGAUACCAACAGAAGUAAUCAAGGAUAAGCUAAGCGAACAGAUCAGGAAAAUCCUAAAACACUACCAGGGACCUGACCCCGUUGGCUUUCCAGGCGCCCCGAUUCCUGAUCCACUAAGUAUACCCCCAAUGAACAAAGAUUUUGGUAUGGCAUUUAUGACAUUCAAAAACAUGACUGUACACGGACUUUCCAAGUUCAAAGUGGAACAAGUCAAUACGGAUUUAAAAAACAUGCGAGUGUACGUGCUAUUGAAAAUCAAACGGAUGUAUGUGCUGGGCAACUACACGCUGAGGUCAUGGCUGAGCCGACCAGCAGCUGGCCCGUUCAACGUGACGCUCAUCGACGUGGAAGCCGCCGCAGAGGCUGCACUUGAACCGGACGAAGAUGGCAUCCUGCAGGCCACUAACACAGAAAUGGACAUGCAGUUCAAGGACUGCGAGUUAGAUUUCAAAAAUCUCGGGUUCGGCGCUUCUAUGUUACAAGGCGUCAUCAGCACGAUGGGGUCGGUGCUGUUCGAGGGUAUCAAGCCGUUCAUCAUCAACGAGGUGAACACCAACCUGCGAGCGGACGUCAACGCCCAAGUGAAGGCUAUCACUAGCAAGCUGCCCAAGAUCACCGUGCCGGUACCGGACUUGGCGGUAGCCGAAGGUAGGGCAUACGUCCGGCGGAUGGGCUUCGACCCGUACCACAUGGUCGACAGACAUAUCAACGAGGGACCCCUCAACUUAACGAUCACCAAACUGACCGUAGCCGGGCUGUCCAACUUUCAGCGCGUGGGUGACAUUGGGCUGCAAGUCCGCGGCCCCGUGCUCCAGCUGGCCGUGCACGUCAUUACCGGCACGAUAAACGGGUCGCUGCAGUGGAGCUACCAGCUGGGCUUAACCAAGACAUUCGGCCGGGCGGGAGUAUCUAACUUCACCGUGGACCACAUCCAGGUCCGGGCGGUGGUCAACCAGACGCUGGACAUCCGCAACAAACCGGUGCUGGAGAAACUCGACAUCGAAGUUGGCAAGAUCGAGGUAAUCAUGGACCGGAAGGAGCCACUUGACUUCGUCGUUGAGGUCGCAGUCAACUCGUUGCCAUCGCUAUUGCGGCACAUUAUAGUCGACGCGCUCGAGGAGCCUAUCAAGAUGAAAGUGCAAACCAUACUGGACGACGUUAAGGUCGAGAAGCUGGUCGAGGACAGGCUGCCCGAACUCGACCGGUUGGCCGGCGAUUGAAUGCCUACCUCACUUCCACCACAUCUAUCCUUAUCAUCGCUCUUUUCUAAUCCACCUUUAUUAAAUUCUGGGCCACGAAUUUACAUAAAAUAUACAAAACAUAUCUUUUUGUAGGUAUACAUUAAUGUAACCAGUGCCGGCCGCUUCGACAAAUAUCUACAAUAUAUAUUAUAUAUAUUAUGAAUUAUCUCAUCGUAUAAUAUUAUACUUAAAAGUUAUAACCGAGGU